AUGGCGGCGCCGCCCUCCAAAACACCUUCUCGUAUGGUCCCCCGCACUUCUCUCUCGACUUCCAAACCCCGGACUGGUUCCGUCUCGACCGUGACCCCGCUCUCUGGUGCAACGAACUCCCGCCCGGGCGACAUCAGUCGCACAAACUCUACUGGACCUACGAGUUUCAAUGCUGCGAAAGGACUCAGUCUGGUUACGGAGACUGGCAGUAUCAGUGGAGCGCGCUCGCCGAGCGUCAGCGUCGCGAACAGGCGGCUGAGCGCGAUUCCUACCGCUGGAUUGACGACCGGCUCGCGCUCGCCAAACAAGCCCAUGUCCAUGCUCACAGGCGUAGGAUUGCCCUCUCUCGCCCCACGCAUUUUGUCAUCAGCCUCGACGGUCUCCGCUUCAUUAUCGAGUAAUAGGCAGCACACUCCUCGUGCCUUCUCGUUCGCACUCAAACUCUACCUCGAACUCGCUGUCCACUUCUUCUUCGGCAUAUUCGGCAUAUUUGCUGUGCUCGGCAUUCUCUAUGAAGGAUUUGGAGAGGGAGAGGGAGGAUAUCAAACCGCCGAGCCCAGUUACGGCUGUACCCAUUGCGCCGGCCACAGCCCGCGCAUGCGUUCGGGCAGGCUAUCGACCACCGCGAAAGUGAAGGGUUGCCCCGCAACAGGCAAGGGCAGUCCGGCUGCUGCGAAGGGUAGCCCAGCUGCGAAGAACAUGCCCAGUGGCCCGAGCUUCACGCUCACGACGCCCUUGCCUCAAGCCAAGAAACGCCAAAGCACCUCUCCAUCAGUCGUCGCGCACGUGUCACCCGGUCAGAACGCCACUCCUCGCAAGUCCAGCGCUGGUUCUAUCGGUGUAGGCGCUUCACCGCACAAGAUACCCGGCAGCGGGCGUAAGAGCAAAGGAAGCGGUGCGAGUGUAAUGGUGUUUGCUGGCAACGAGGGUGCGAAUAUGACCAUGAUGCUUGGGAGUAGCAUUAUGAGUGGAAUGGAUGAGAGUGUAUGGGGUGGUGGGGAAGACGAUGGGAUGACGCUUGAGAGGGUUACCGAGGAAGGCGAGGGCGGCGUUGACGAGGAGGUACACGUAUCCAAAACUUUGGGCUGGAGCCUGGCUAACAUCCUGAUAUCUAGUUUGAAGCUGUGCUCGAUGAGCUCGCAAACCAACACGCUCGAGCUUUACAGCGCCACCAAUGUCUACUUGAGUGGACGCAGGCGACCAGCACGGCUCAGCUACACGCUAUGCAAGCCGAGGUAG